AUGUUGGCCGGUGCCUGCGGUGGUAUCUCUGAGGCCAUCAUGGCCGUCACACCCAUCGAGACAUUGAAGACUCGUGUGACUGACGACAUGCGCCGAGGCACCGGCAACUACUCUGGAUCUUUCGAUGCCUUGGUCAAGAUUCUGAAGAACGAAGGCCCAGCUGGCCUCUACAUGGGCCUUGUCCCCACCAUUGCAAAGCAGGCGACGAAUCAGGCGGUACGAUUCCCUGUCCAGUUCUAUGCGAAACAGUUCUUGACUGGCGGUGACAAGACCUUGGACAGCAAUCCGAUCUACAACGGAGUGGCUGGCGCGUUCGCCGGUGCCGUGUCCGUGUUGGCGACCAUGCCUCAGGACACGGUCAAAACAAGGAUGCAAGGAGAAGAGGCGCGCAAGCUGUACAAGAGCACCAUGGACUGCGCCAUGCAGAUUAUGCAGAAAGAAGGACCCAUGUUCUUCUACUCAGGGACAUGGCCGCGAAUGAUCCGCGUCUCCCUCGACGUGGGCAUCACUUUUGCCAUCUUCCCUAUAAUGGGAAAGCUGAUCUCCUUCCCCUACUGA